CACCACAACUCUCGCUAGCUGUUCACCGCACAUAGGUAAACACCCCAGCUCAAUGGCCGCUCUAUCCAUGUCUGUCCGUAUUCCCAUCUUCCUGUUAGUUAUACUCACGGCCGUAUCCGCUUCUUCUCCUAGUUCGACCAAUGGCAAUGGUAGUGACACCGAUCUCGCCGCGCUGCUCGCUUUCAAAGCCCAGCUCACUGACCCUCACAACAUCCUUGCCCGCAACUGGACCAUCAACACCUCUUUCUGCCACUGGAUUGGCGUCUCGUGUAGCCGGCGUAGACAACGUGUCACUGCUCUAGCAUUGGGGGAUACACCUCUCGUUGGAUCUGUGGCACCUCAAGUUGAGUACGGAUCACUUGGAAAAGCCUCAAGGAAAAGUGACGUGUUCAGCUACGGAAUCAUGCUCCUUGAAGUCUUCACCGGAAAAAGACCCACUGAUGUCAUGUUUGGCGCACAACUAACUCUUAGGCAGUGGGCUCAUCGGGCAUUUCCUACGGAUCUUGUCCAGGUCGUUGACGGCCAACUUCUACAUGACUCCUCAAUUUCAGGCUGCAGAUUGGACUAUGGCUUCUUAGCGUCAGUCUUUGAGGUGGGUUUGCACUGUUCCAGUGACUCUCCUGACCAGAGGAUGACAAUGCACGACGUGGUCGUGACGCUGAAGAAGAUCAAAGCCGAGUACACAAAACUGGUAGCAGCUAUGUCAACUAGUGCAACACAGUGAACCGAUCUCAUGUGCUUGCUUAAUUAUGUCUUGUGUACAUAUAUUUUACAUCUGCAUGUAGAACUAGCGCACGUAACUUCAGGUAU